AUGACGGAACCCGAGAACUUCGAUGACGAGCUGUUCGCUGAUCUUUACAACGACGAUGAGCCAGCGAAGCCAGCGACUGCCUCAGUGACCGAUCAGCAGGCCGCUAUCCGGUCUAUCGCUGAGAGCAACGACUAUCGUGCCGCAGACACUAGUCAAACCCAAACCUUGAAUGGGGCUGACAACCCCCCAGAGAACAACGAUGAUGACGAUGGGGAAGAAGAAGACGAUGACGACGACAUCGACUUUAACCUUGGCGAUGGCCCGUCGACUACAAUCACCACCCACGCCAGUAACGAUUACAAAGAGGAGAAACCAGCUCAAGCUGCACCGCCUGUGCCUGCUGCUCCGUCCAAGGGCCCGAAUGCCAAGGAAGAUGGCAUCGCCAUCAUCAUCAUCAUUGGCAACCUGCACCUGCGCUGCGCUAUUCUUCUCAUUAGUGGGAACUGCUGUAGCGUGCUCCAUCUGCACCGGAUUCAACCACGGGCGGUCUUUCACCCUUUGAAAGAGCGUAUACGCAGUAUGCUCGACAACAACCGCUUUCGACACGCCUUCUCCGCCGGCUUUAUCGCUACGCCGUCAAGGGCCGUCUGGUGCCCGCCGCACGCCAACUCUCCAGCGCUAUUCCCAUCAUCUUCCUGUCCCUAUCAGUUGCAGGUGGCCAUCGCCAUUGCCAAGAAAAUGUUUAUUGGUGGCUUGAACUGGGAGACGACAGAUGAGUCCUUGAGGAACUAUUUCUCUCAGUUUGGAGAGGUCGUUGAGUGUACCGUUAUGAGGGAUAGUGCCACUGGUCGCUCUCGUGGCUUCGGCUUCCUGACAUUCAAGGACCCCAAGGUGGUCAACAUUGUUAUGGUGAAAGAGCAUUAUCUUGACGGCAAGAUUAUCGACCCCAAGAGAGCUAUCCCUCGCGACGAACAAGAGAAGACAUCCAAGAUUUUUGUCGGUGGCGUCAGUCCGGAAACGACAGAUCAUGAGUUCCGCGAGUAUUUCUCUCAGUUUGGUCGAGUCGUCGACGCUACCCUUAUGAUGGACAAGGACACUGGCCGUCCGCGCGGUUUCGGCUUCGUUACCUUUGAAAGCGAGGCUGGUGUCGAGGCCUGUCUGAACGCGAAGCUCGAGCUUCACGGGAAACCGAUCGAAGUGAAAAAGGCUCAGCCCCGCGGCAACUUGCGCGACGACGAAGACGCGCGUCGCGGCAAGUUUGGCCGCAAAGGUCAGGGCAUUGGCGGUAUUGAUGACGCUUUGAACACAGGCAUGGGCGGUAUGGCAGGCAUGAGUGCCGCAGCCGGCAUGACGCCACAGCUCAUGGCGCAGUAUAUUGCCCGUAUGCAGCAGGCUUUUGCGAUGAUGCAGCAGCAGAUGAUGAUGAACCGAAAUAUGAAUCCUGCCAUGAUGCAGUGGAUGCAGAUGCAACAGAUGAUGGCCGCCCAAGCAGGCCGUGGCGGUCCAGGAAUGAAUCCUAUGAUGGGUGGCAUGAAUCCUGCCAUGAUGCAGCAAAUGCAACAAAUGAUGAACCAGCAGGCCGGCGGUCCUGGUCCAAUGCCCCAACAAGGCGGUCCUGGAGGCCCUGGUGGUCCUGGUGGCAGCGGCCCCAACGCCGGCGGCGCCAACCAGAAUCAAUCUCAGGGUCCUUCUGGUCCUGGUGGUUCCAGCAGUGGCGGUCCCAAUCGUCCUGGCGGCUACAACGGCUACGAACAACAGCAGCAAUAUGAUCAGCAGCAACCGUCACAGCAGCAACAAGGUCUUCCCCCUCGUCGUGGUGGGGGCCGUGACAUGCAUGGGGGCUACAACCAAGGUUACGGCCCUAUGGGUCCUGGAGGCCCUACUAGUUGGGAGGGCAUGUACGACGAUGUCCCUCAGCCGGUCAUGAAUCAGCCUCCCGGCCCUGCUGGUGGCGGCUAUGGCCGUGGUGGUGGCUUCCACCACAAGGGUAACCGCGGCCAUCACCAAAUGGGCGGACCUCCGAUGAUGGGCCCUGUCGACCCGAACAAUGCACCUCCAGCAAAUGCCCCCACGGGCCCAAAGAACGCUGGCAAGCCUGGCGCGAACUAUCGCGGAGGUGGACGGGGUGGGAACCGUGGGUUCCAUCCUUAUGCCAGAAACUAG